CUCCGAUGAUUCGUGUUGAGUUUGUAAUUUAAUUUUUGCAACGUAAACCCCUUAAGAAGCCUGCUGCCAUGCUGCCUCUGAAGGACACGGAUAAACCCAUCGUCCAGAAGCUGCUGUCAGCCGGCUGCUGCGCACGCUGCGUCCUCAGGUUCUGCUGCGUGAGCGUCCAGGCCCCGUACCGACAGCCGCCGCAGGAGACACUGGAACUACUUCGAGCGUUUAUUGGACAAAAGCAUGAUGGCAAGGUGCAGAAUUCCUCCACCGCUGACGACUCGUCACAUGAUGCAGCUGGAGAGCCACCCAGUAAAAGAGCUAAACUGGAUCCCAGUGAGGCGGCUGCAGACUCACAGGGACACGCUUGUGUGUGUGUGGUGUGUCUGGGUGUCCUGCAGGGUCUGUGUGGGGCUGAACAGGCAGCAAAGGUGGCAGAGGCAGUGAGGGAAGGAAACUAUGACUUUGACACGCUGCUGUUGUCCGUCUCUCUUCCUGCGCAGCUCUGCGUGCGUGAGCACUCCUGUUGGCUCCACGUGAAGAAGGAAGUGAGAGACAAAGGUCUGGCGCUCACUAAGGAUGAUGUCAUCCAGGUGAAGGAGGCCUUCAAGUGGACCAUGCAGGGUUUGAUAGCCAAAGAGCUGGGAGGCGUCGCUGUGGUUACCAAAAGCUCGUUUGAGGUCGGAGUGGAGUUCACCCACCCAGAGACUGACUCCGACUGCCACUUUCUAGGUUCGUCCUGCCCCGACUGCUUCAAACCCACCAAGAACAAACAGUCUGUGUUCACCCGCAUGGCUGUGGUCAAAGCUCUGGAAAAGAUUUCUGACGCCAGCUUCCUGGAACUCUACCCUUGUCCUCCGACUCGUGCGAGCAGCAGCUGCGUCCCUCAGGAUGUGCAGUGCCUCCACGCCUCUGUUUUUGUUGCAGGGAGGUACAACAAGUUCUGCCGCAGCCUGCCUCAGACUCCCUGGCUGAUCGACGGAGAGAGAAGGAUGGAGUCGUCGGUGGAGGAGCUGAUCGCAGCGCCCGUCCUGUCCGUCUUCAGAGCGGACGGAUUCAAUUUCUCUUCAUCAGGUAGAGAAGACGUGGAUGUUCGAACUCUUGGAAACGGUCGUCCUUUUGCCAUGGAGCUGCUGAAUCCUCACAGAUCCAGGUUCAGCGAAGUGGAGAUGAAGCAGCUGCAGGAGACCAUAAACAAGUCUUCAGACAAAAUCCGAGUUAGAGACCUGCAGAUUGUAAACAGGUGA